AUUCAAAGCAUAAUAGUAAUCAUACUCAUAAAUUAGGCAAUGAAUUCAAUGAAUUAAAUGAAUUUUCUUCAGUCCUAUAAUUAUUGCAUAUAUCCAUAUCGUCCACAAUUAUAUUAUAAUUUGUAUGCAGAUAAUAUUCAAGAACAAAAUCAAACUGCUCCAACAUAUAAGCAAGAAGUACUAUAAUGGUAUAUAUGGUUUUGUUAUAUUUACAGGCUGUUCGCAUUAGAAUAAUCUGAAUUGUACAAACUAUUUCAGAUAAAAGGAUAAUUAAAAACAUUCCCAAUAAUGAAGAUGUACAUACAUGAUAAGUAAUUUCAACCUUCAAACUAUGCACUUUUCCAAAAGUUAAUAUAAUUGAAAUAUUCUUAGAGCUACAAUUAAUUUAGAGUCUAAAAUUGAUGAUUAGUUUAUGAUGAAGGCAAGGAUCAUUCACAAAAAAACAGAUGUACAUUGUACUAUUAAUGAGUUUAGGAAUUGUAUGACAAGUUGGUUAUUUUUGAUGAUGAAAGUUUUCUCGACACAAUAAUAGUAAGUGAACCUCAUUUAGAAAAUUUAAAUGGUUUCCUUGAAUUGUUAGACGAACUUUCUGAUAAAUAUUUUCUCACUAAUUCUGCAAAAACAAAUUUAGAAAAAGCAGAAGACCCGAUUUGGUUUCAUUAAAACAGUUACCAUAGUUGUUCGGCUUGGAUAAUAAAGGAAUUUGAGAAAAAUAUUAAUUUUUAUUACAAUACACAAAGAGACAAAAAGAAGAAAUAUCGUCUCUAGAAUUAAAUGGUGAAUAAAAAUAACUCAAAAGAUAUCUAAGAAUUUUUUGAAAGAAAUCUAGCAAACAAUAAGGAGAAAGUAAAAAAUUGAUUAAUUAAAUUUAGUUGAACCUUUAUUUUGAAUAAAUAUAAGCAGAUUUUAAAGAAAAUCCAUAAAACUUAGAAAAUAUUUUUUAUGACAAUAUAUUCUCAGGCACCGCAAUUAAAUUAUUAAAAUCAUAAAUUGAAUUAUCACUUAACUUUUAAUAAAAAUGUCACACUGACACUAAUAUUAUUAAAUCUAUGUUAAUUACAUCUAUGCCAGAUUUAUUAGAUUAGAGAACUUACUUCCUAAAGAAAUUCUAUUAGAUUGUGAUUCAAUUGUUUUAAGAACAUUUGGAGAAUGAAUUAUUUAGCAGUGAACUAGCAAUUAAAAAGAAGAAAGAUAAAAAAAAGUUGAAGAAAAAAAAGUCAGAGAAGACUGAAUAUAAGAAGGCUCUUGAUCCUAUUGAGCUGAAUCAACGUCUCUCAAGUAAGAACUUACAAGAAUCCAACAUACUAAGAUUUUAGAGAUCAUAUUCUUAAAAUAAUUUUGCAUAUUCUUAUGUGACUCCACCCAAUACACCUUCAGCUUGGGAAAAUAGUGAUGAUCAAAAGUAUAAAUUAUGAUUCAUAUUUUAAGUGAAAUUAAUGCUUAAAGCUACUAAACUUAGAAUCAAAAAUAAAAUAAUAAUGAAAGAUUAAAUAAAGUUAUAGAAAGUCAAAGCAUUAUAGAUUAUGAAUAAACUAAUAUAUCUUAAGCAUUUGUAGAAAAUUUGUAAAAUCCUACUAAUGAUGAUUUUGUAGAAUAUACUUAAACGAUAACUCAAAAUAUAUUAAACAUAGUUUAUGAGUCUUUGGUGGAUGAAAAUUUCCAUAAAGAAGAAUUAAUAAGAGAGAAAAAGAAGAUAAAGAAGAAGUAGAAAACUGUUUGGAGAUCUAUCCCAGAAAGCAGAGAUGAAUAAAUGCAAUUGUAAUCUCCUGAAUCUGAAAUUACAAGAUUCUCUGUAGAAACUUAGGCUUAAACCAUAAGAAGUCUUUGUUCAAAUAGAACAGCCUCAACUUCUGAAGAAGAGAAAAAAUAAAGAUUGAAAUCAAGAAAAUCUGCAUAGUAAUUUGAGUAAUAGGAGACUGAAUCAAUUUCAUCCUCUAAUCAAACACAAGAUAACAGCUUAAAAGAAUAGAUUGAAAAUGUCUAAUAAAAAGCACAAUAGAAAUUAAUCGAAUAGAUUAGUUAUGAUAUCAUAGAAUUCACUGAUAACAUUAUGAAUGAUUAUGAAGAGAUGUUACCCUUUAGGCUUUUGGCUUUUGAUAGAAUUAAACUAGUAAUUUAAAAAGUGUUCUAUGGAAUACCUGAUGAUAUGAUAUAGUAAGAAUAUAUUAAAUAUUAAGAUUAUUUGGUUCUUGUGCUACUGGCUUAGCUUUAAUUGAUUCAGAUAUAGACAUUGGCAUUAGUGGCUUUUAACCUAUGAAUAGAAAUGUUAUUAAGGCUCUUUUCGAUAACCUAUUUUUUGAAUUCUCUAAAAGAAAAUGGGUUAUCAAGUCAAAGUAUAUAAUUUACUAAAUAUAGUCCCAUUUUUAACUCAAUUGUUCCAGUAAUUAAACUCGAAAUCGAUCCCUAAGUUCCUUAAACAGAAUUUGAAGGAAGAAAUUUAAUGGAGACAGAGAUUCAUAAGUGGAAAAAACUUAAAUAAAGAAUAAAGAGCUGCAUUAAAGUUGAUAUCUCGUUCAAUUUUAGUGGAACCACAUAUGAUUCUCCUCAUUCUGGUUUUAUUACAACAAAUUUAGUUAAAUAAUGGAUGAAAGAAUAUCCAAUUAUCUAAUAAUUAGUAUUGAUUUUGAAGAGUAUGAUUAAGAAACUAGGAUUAUCAGAAUCAUAUACUGGUAUAUUAAUUAUAUUUAUAGUGAAGGUGGCCUCUCGUCUUACUCUCUAAUUAUUAUGGUUUAUUCAUUUCUAAGAGAAAAUAGAGUACCCUCAAAUUAAAUAGGAGAAUCAUUCAUUGACUUGCUAAAGUAUUUUGUUAAUGAGUUCAAUACUACCACUACUGGAAUAGGCCUUUUGGCUGAUAUUAAAAAUCCAUAAUCAAGGUAUUACUAGUAAAUAUAGAAUAGCUACUUCUUUAAUUUACAAGAUUAUUGCUUACCAUAAUUACCCAUUACAAUCUUUAAUCCUUUGAACAGAAAGCUUUUAACUAGUUCUUGUGUUCAUAUUGGCAAAAUAUUUGAUUUUUUUAAGGUUACUUUGUAGCAACUAGAACAAAAAAGAGAAUUUUAUUGCAACUAUGUAAUAUUAGGUAAAAAAAAACAAUAAAAACUUAAUAAAACUUUGGGAAAUUUUAUCACUAAUUUAUUGGAAUCAAUUAAAUGA